AUGCUCCACGACCGCUCAGGGCGUUCUUCGGCCUCAGGGCCGGUGCGGCGACGGAUCAGCCGUGCAUGCGACCAGUGCAAUCAGUUAAGGACCAAGUGCGAUGGAAAGAGUCCUUGUGCGCAUUGUAUGGAAUUCGGUCUGACGUGCGAGUACGUGCGGGAACGCAAGAAGAGAGGGAAAGCGUCUAGAAAGGACAUCUCCCAGCAAACCGCAUCAGCAGCGGUAGCUGGCACCAAUCCGGAGCCUUCCUAUGGCAGUCCACGAUCUCGUGACGGAUUUUCUUCUGGAGACCAAGGCCUCACUGAUUCAACCAUAGGAGGCCAUGAAGGGAUGCUUGGGCCACGCUCAAUCAUCGAUCUUCCGCCGCCAGAUCUACCCCUUCCAAGGUCUUCUAGCAUGGCUGGUAGCCGUAAUAUGGACGGCGGUGCCAUGUACGGUGGCAUCAAUCCAAUGUCACGAAAUAUGAGUCUUUCAGCCAUCGACGGCAUGUCCGACUAUGGCUCUUUGGACGACUUCAACCGCUGCAUGAUGCAUCCUUCUGCUGCAGCACCUGGCCAUCCAACGAUGCAGAGUGGUGCUGACGUACUCCCUCAUCCCAUUAUCCCGUCAAAUAACAUUCAAGAAUACUCUGACAGCCCCUACUCCAUGAUGAGCCCCAAAAACCGACGAGCUCCGCCGAACGCAUACCGCAUGCCUACUAGCGAGUCGCCAAUGCCAGGGUUUAUGGGAAACUCUCCAGUCUCCGGCUCACCCGGUUGGCUGUCAUUGCCAUCGCCAUCAGCCACAAUGUACGUAGUAGCACCAUCUUUGCGCUAUCCGGUACUGCAGCCAUUGGUGCCACACCUAACGAACAUCAUUCCACUCUCACUUGCUUGCGAUCUCCUGGACCUGUACUUUCAAAGCUCUUCGUCUGCCUUCAUGCAGCCGUUGUCUCCAUACGUUCUUGGCUAUGUCUUUCGCAAACGAUCUUUCCUACGGCAAAACCACCCAAGAAUAUGCAGUCCGGCUUUGCUUGCAAGCAUGCUUUGGAUAGGAGCGCAGACCAGCGAGUCGCCAUACCUCACAUCACCGCCCUCGGCUCGGGGUAAGAUUUGCGAAAAGCUCCUGGAACUUACUGUUGGACUGCUCAAGCCGCUCAUCCACUCUUCAGCAAGUAGCGAGGCCAGUUCAACAUACACUAAUGCUAUCAUCAACGGCGUCGCAUUAGGAGGGUUUGGGGUAGGAGCACAAGAAACCAAGCGCCACGGCUCCCCUGGGGCGACCAGUGGGCUUGACGACGUUGCCACGUACAUGCACCUCGCAGUUGUCGUAUCUGCUAGCGAGUACAAAGCUGCCAGUCUUCGGUGGUGGAACGCUGCAUGGUCUUUAGCGAGGGAGCUAAAACUGGGCAGGGAGGUUCCACCAGAUCUAAUGCCGCUUGAUCAAGGCGGGGAUGAAGAUGCAAAUGCUCCUAGAGAGAUUGACAUGGACAUGAACCACAACAUACCCAGAGGUCAAACGAAUGGUGCUCAAACCAACCCUUCUAUAACGACUGAGGAGCAAAGAGAGGAGCGAAGGCGGAUUUGGUGGUUGCUAUACACGAUGGAUCGCCACUUGGCGCUCUGCUACAAUAGGCCACUGUUUUUGUUGGACGUCGAGUGCGAUGGCCUACUUCAACCGGUAGAUGACUCCCUAUGGCAGGCUGGCGAGUAUUUCAACGGGGACUCCGCUCAAUCGUUUCCAGAUUCAACCUCCCCAUAUCUACGACGACGAGGUCCAACUUCCGAAUGCACUGGAUACAGUAUAUUCGGAUAUUUCCUACCUUUGAUGACGAUCCUGGGCGAAAUCGUCGACCUCAAUCACGCGCGCAACCACCCGAGGUUUGGCCUGCGUUUUCGAAGCGGCUCCGACGGGGACGACCAAGCCGCCGAGGUUGUAAAACAGUUGGAAGCAUAUGGAGAGAGUCUUGAAGAGUUCAAGGUCCGGGGCCUUUCUGAAGCGAACGUCGAAGCCUCAACUCUAAACCAGUACGAAGUCAGCACCCCUUCAGCACGGUCCGUCAACUCAUCAACGUCUCGAAUCCACGAAUCAAUUCUGCAAACAAAAAUCGUGUUUGCGUAUGGCACGCACCUAAUGCACACAUUGCAUAUCCUUCUAAAUGGGAAAUGGGAUCCCAUAUCCCUUCUCGACGAUAAUGAUCUCUGGAUAUCCUCCGAAUCCUUCAUCACUGCGACUGGCCAUGCAGUCUCAGCCGCCGAGGCCAUCAGCGAUAUUCUCGAGAACGAUCCCGACCUUAGCUUCAUGCCCUUCUUCUUCGGCAUAUACCUACUACAGGGCAGCUUCCUGCUCCUCCUGAUAGCCGACAAGCUACAAGGCGAAGCUAGUCCUAGCGUUGUUCGAGCAUGCGAGAGCAUUGUUCGAGCGCACGAAGCGUGUGUUGUCACACUCAAUACAGAAUAUCAGAGGAAUUUCCGCAAAGUCAUGCGCUCGGCUCUCGCUCAGGUGCGCGGGCGCCUGCUGGAAGACUUCGGUGAACAGCAACUCCGCCGGCGUGAGGUGCUCGGGUUGUACCGAUGGACGGGUGACGGGACCGGCCUCGCUCUCUAA